AUGUUCUACGGACUACCAAAAAUCCACAAACCCAACGUUCCUCUGCGGCCAAUCAUUGCCCUGAAAGGCAGCCCCACAUACAAUUUAGCCAAAUGGAUGUCCCGAAAGCUCAAUUUUCUCCGAGAGGGCUCUGUGACGUCCGUCAAUUCGGCCUCCCAAUUCCUUGCCGACAUUCGGGGAAAAACUAUUCGACCCGACCAAAUCAUGGUAUCCUUCGACGUUGUCUCACUUUUCACGUCCAUCCCACCAGAUUUGGCGCUCGACCUGCUACGCAAACGCCUCGAAGAAAAGUACGACGAAACGACAGAGCCGCUAAAGAUCCAGCACCUAAUGCAGCUUUUUGCAUUCUGUCAACGAAGCUUUUUCGCCUUCGAUGGCAGAACAUACGAACAAAUCAAAGGAACACCCAUGGGUUCCCCAGUAUCCAGCCUAGUUGCGGAAUUGGUCCUACACGAGCUGGAAAAGGUUGCUUUCAGCCAUUACAAACAUGCGUUUUGGCGCCGAUACGUGGACGAUACAUUCGUCAUUAUUGAAAAGGACAAGCUAUCGGGUUUUCAAGACUUACUUAACAGCAUAUUCCCCGACUUUCAGUUUACAAGAGAAGACGAGGAGGACGAGAAACUACCCUUCCUGGACGUACUCGUCACGCGCACACCUGACGGUGAACUCAGCAUUACAGUGUACAGAAAGGCGACCAAUACAACCCAGGUCCUCAACUAUCAUAGCAACCACCCAUUGGUGCACAAACGGGGCUGUAUGAGGGCGCUUUUCGACCGGGUAAAAACGCACUGUAGCGAGCCCGAAGGAAGGAUGCAAGAACUACGGCAUCUCCAGGACCAACAAACAAAGAACGGCUACGCAAAUAGUUUUAUCAUUCGGUGCAUACGCACGCACCCACGCCGGACAAACGGAAGAGACACACCAACAAUUUGGCACUUCCCACCGUACAUAAAGAAUGUGGCCGAGGCUACAGAACGCAUUGCGUCAGAGCUAGGCGUGGGCAUCGCUCAUCAUCCGGCGGCCACCAUGCGAAGCAGGAUCAUGAAAAUGAAGGAUCGGCUGGACGCAGGUGAACAGUCGGGCGUAGUCUAUCAUAUCCCGCGCCAAAACUGUCCUAGCCACUACACAGGCCAGACAGGACGACGUCUCAACUCACGAAUACUCGAGCACAAACGGGCCGUUCGGAGAGGCGACCCACUAUCUCAAGUAGCCACUCACACUCUGGAGGAAGGCCAUGAGUUCGACUUCGCCAACACGCGGAUAUUGGCGCGAGCCGGCAACAAGACAGGGCGAGCGCUGUUGGAGGCGUGGGUGUGGGACACCAACUCUAUCAACAGACACAUCGAUUUGCCUGUGUGUUAUCACGCUCUCCGCCCACGCAGCCAGGUGGCGCAGCUCACACCGUCGUGA